AUGAAUGAAAAUGACCUAUAUCUCAUUAAUGGGUUAAACUUUCCUUAGGAGAGUAAAACACAAAUUUAUAUCAUUUCAGAGCCCUAAGGAUUAAAACUGUUGGACUCAUUAAGUUUAGCUUUUAAGCUGUUUAUCUAUUGGAGUGAUGAGAGUGCAAUUAUGGAUUGGAAUGAUUUUUUAGAAGAACCUUGCUUUAAUGAAUUUUAUUUUAAGCUCUCCUACUAGGGCAAAGAAUACCAGAUAGAAGGUUCCAGGAAUUAACUAGAAAAGCUGUAUGACCUUUGUUCUGGUAAGUUCAUUUUUAACAAAAUCCUGGAAACCAAUUCAUUAUAUGAAAUGACUUUAGUAACAAAUAAAAAAAAUAGUAAACAGUACAUCAAGAAAAGAAUUUUUUCUAAUUUCAAUUCUCAAGACCUGGAGAUGUCGAACACAUAUAAAACCUAACUAUGGUAAGCCAGAGUACCUGAGGAAAUCAGGAUAAUUCAACUUUUGUAUUCUCAGAGAUGUCCUUAUAUUAUAAAAAUGGUAUCAAUAUAGUAUGACGGUGACGAUUAUUCUUUAAUCUACGCGAACUAAAAUUUAAUAUCUUUAAAGUAGAUUUUAAAAAGGUAAAAAAUGGGAUUACCUCUUUCUUUUGUAAUUGAGAUUGUAGAAUAAUUGUUAAUUGUAUUAAACAUUUUCUAGGAGCUUCAUAUUAUACAAAAUAGUAUAAAUUUGGAUAUGAUUAAUUAUUCCCUGGACUCUAAUUCAAUUGUUGUGAGCAAUUUUUAAUCAUCAACCUUUGAAUGUAAUAGAGACAUGCCUAUAAAGGGUAGUUCAAUAGGUUUUAUACCUCCUGAAUAUAUUCAGAGUAAAUAUCUGAUCUCACCCUUGGCCAAUAUAUUUUAAUUAGGCGUUGUCUUGCAUCAUCUGUUAUUUUACUAAAAUCCCUUUGGAAAUGACUUAUAAACUAUACUUAAAAACAACAUAGAGGGGAAAUAUCACAUUCCAAAUCAUAAUUUUGAUAUGGAUAUCAUUGAAAUGCUUAAAUCGAUGAUGCAAGCAAAUCCCCAUAUGAGAGAAACCCCUAAGGAGUAUUUGUAUUCCAAGAUUUUUAAACCUUAAUAUAGAUCGAAAAUUUCUAAAAACUCUUUAUUAUUGUGUUUUCAAGAUAUUUCCUCUAAAAAAGUUGACGAAUUUGAAGUGAAAGAUGAAGCUAUCACCAUUCAAAACAUUAAAUUCCUGUGUAUAAAUAACAAAAAAAAUUGA